UAGCUAACUUUCUUAUAUCAAUCUUCACAAAUCAAACCACUAUAUUGUACCAAUCAAAUCAAUAGGAUUUAAUCAUGGCAAAGAGUUGUUAUCUAGUUAUCAACUUCUUCUUUGUUGUGUCGGUGGUUCUCCAAUCUGCUUAUGUCAGUGCUGCAGAUCCACCAUCAGGUUAUGGACUGUGUAAUGCUGACCAGCGGGUAGAAACUGGAAACUUUUCGUCUUGUGAAAGAUGUCAUGCUGUUUGCAAAUCUUCUUCAGAAUGCAUAUCUGAAUCUACAAACACAAGAGCAUACAUUUGCAAUUGCUGCGUUAAAAUAAAAGGCCACCCGAGUGGCACAGGAGCAACAACAACAACAACUUCCUUUGCUUUGCUUUCUUGUUUCCUGAUUUUUAGUUUCAUGUUGAACAAUUUGUUCAUCUAGCUUAGCCCCUUGAUAGGUCCGUCAGUCUCAGACAAUAUUUUGGCAAUUACAU